GCCGUCAGACGGAUGUGAUUGAACGAGUGGUCUUGCGGCCGUCAUGCUUUGAAGCAAGUUGCCGGAAGAUUACCUUUGCUUUCGUAGGUCUUGAGACAUGGAUGAUCCAGGUGGGAAGAUGUCGUUGAAGACCGGGGUGGGCGGGAGUGAAACGGUAUCAGGUGCAGAGCAGAGCAACGACAUUGGUCCCAACGUGUCCAACAUCCUUGUGCUGAAGUGUACAAAGCAUCAUGGAAGAAGCCGAGAUGGGAACUCAAAAGGGUAUCUCUCGAAACAGCAACAGCAAGCUGUCUAGCCUGUCUUGGAGGCGGACCGCAUUAUAGUCGAGCAUCCGAGGCCCUGACAUCC